UUCCUAAGGGAGGAAGACAUGGACAUCUCGUUGAUACAGGAACCUUGGGUAAGGGACCUAGAGGUAAAGGGAUUCACCGACGCUCGCUAUAACCUCUUCUACAUUAGUAUAUCAGGUAAACCCCGCGCAUGUGUAUUGGUUAAAAAACAUAUUAAAGCUUUCUUAUGUUCCAAUUUCAGCUCACCGGAUACUACAGUCGUCAACUUGGAGUUGAUGAAUAAGCAAAGCUGUCUUAUAUCAUCCGUAUACACGGCGCACGACAGGCCGUGUCCGCCACAGGAAGUCAUCACUUUACAAAGGCUAGUAGGAGCUAGUCCAGUGUUACUCGGCUGCAAUGCCAAUUCACGACAUACAUUAUGUGGCAGCUCGGGAACCAACGAAAGAGACACAAGACACCAGCACUUUGGUAUUAGUAUCAGACAGAACGACAGACAAAUACUCUAUUUCACUCUCAGAUAAAUGGCUCACGAUCAUAACAUUUAAGUAGCUCCUACAAUAUAUGGAUACCCCACCACCCUUUCUACCCAAACGAUCAUUUCGAAGAAGUUUGUAAUUGGGAAUGGAGUAGUAAUGAUCCAGAAUAUCUGCAUGAAACCAUGUUUCGGAUACGCAAAUGACAUCAACUGACGAAUGUUCAAAAGUGUGCCUAACGUAAUCAAGCUUUACAGCAUUAAGGCUUCGAGCAUUGAAGUGGACAACUUUAAGACCAUCUGCUUGCUUACAGAGCACAUUUAUCAUUACUGUCUGGCUGCUAUUAUACAUAGACUUAUCUACCAACAUCUUCUAGGGGUAUAUGCAUAGAAACCGAGAAACAAAACAUAAUAAAAUAAAAUAUAAAUAAAUAGUAUGUGUAAGUAUGUAUGCUUGUAUAUAUGUAUGUACCCUGCAGGGAAACCGCGGACUGGUAAAUCAAAUUUCUAAUUCCGUACUAGGCCUUUAUCGCCAAAAAGGAACUAGUCCGAUAGGAACUAGAUCCCCACCAGUCCGAAGUCGGCGAAA